UUUAUGCGAUGAAGACCUCAGUAGGUUCGAUCUUACUGUUUCUCUGUUUGGAGGGUGUACAUGUUUUUUCGGCUGAUAUCAUUCUCAAAAACAAUGGCUACGAGAACGUGCUGGUUGCUAUAGAAGACUCGGUGAAAGAAGACCCGAAGAUAAUUGAGAGAAUAAAGGCGAUAUUUACGAAGGGCUCUAGUUACAUGUACCGAGCUACUCGCUACAGGGCCUACUUCCGCAACAUUACGAUACUUGUGCCAGCCAAAUGGAAGAACAGACUGGAGUAUGAAGCACCUAGGAACGAUGAGACCUUCAAAAAGGCUGCACUCCGCGUUGCAGAAUCGAAAAAAACACAAAUUCCGUAUACUCUUCAAUAUACCACGUGUGGAAGGCAGGCUAAGUACAUUCACCUCACGCCCAAGUUCGUUACCAACGAGGAAUUUGCUAAGAAGUCUGGCCCGCCUGGUAAAACCCUCGUCCAUGAAUGGGGUCAUUUCCGCUGGGGUUUGUUUGACGAGUACUCUAUCGCAAAGCGCUAUUACAUUGAUGAGAAGAGGGAGUAUCAGCCAACCCAAUGUCACAUCAGCAUUCCUGGCAAGAAUCGUGACAAGAAUACCAAAGGAGAUUGCAAUAUUAUUACGCAGACAGGUCUUCCAGACGGGAAUUGCCGGUUCAGUCCGGAUCUCGAUCAAAAGGCCACCACGGCAUCUUACAUGUACAAGCAGUUUAUAAAGAACAUCGACGAUUUCUGUGACGAUGGUACCCUCGGAGAUCAAAGUAUUGUACACAACAAGAUGGCCCAAAAUAAACAUAAUUCAUAUUGCAAGGGCAAGAGCGCUUGGGAAGUAAUGCGACAGAGCGUUGACUUCAAAAACAACAAUAAUCCCGCAAAUGCUAAAAAAAAGUUGGACACCACCCCUACCUUCAGGAUUAUUCAGCGUGGCAAUUUGACAAAGGUCAUUCUUUUGAUUGAUGUGUCGGGGAGUAUGAGUGGAGAUCCGUUAAAGAUGAUGCAACAAGCAGCGGACAAUUACAUCCUCAAUAUUAUUAGAAACGGCAGUUACGUUGGCAUCGUAAGCUUUGAAAGUUCAGCAAGCACUAGGCUAAACAUGACUAGGAUACAGAGCAUAAAAGACAGAAAAGACGUGGCACAUUACAUUCCAAAAACUACCGGUGGGAAAACUGGCAUUGGAACUGGAAUGCGACAUGCUAUAAAUGUUCUGACAUCGACACCUAGUGGUAAAGAUUGGGCUGUGGGUGCUAGUGUCAUCCUUCUGACUGAUGGCAAGCAUAAUAUCGGUGAGCCCCCACUGUCUGUGAUCCCCACGGCCAAUAAAUAUGGAAUAACUUUCCAUACAAUCGGAUACAGCAAGGCAUCUGAUCCAGUCAUCGAAGAAUUAGCCAAAAAGACGGGAGGACAAUCCUUCUUCUCUACGAGCAGUGCAACAUCGGCAGAUCUUUUCAUUGCGAUGUCUGCCAUUGCUGACAUCGAAAGCGAGGGAUCCUCUGAAACAGCCAGUUCUUCAGCAGUCAUGGUCGUGAGUUCUGCAAACAAUUUGGAAAAGACGAAAGCACUGCAGGGUAAAUUUGCUAUCGACUUCACCAUUGGCAAGGACACUACCAUCACAUUCAACUAUUUGUCUCAAUAUGCUGUGGUCGAGGUUCGUCUUGAGACCCCCAAUGGGUCAGUCAUCGACAAGAAUGACACCGCGAAGUAUCGAGUGGACAGGAUUAAUCAGGUUAUUCAGAUAAACAUUCCUGGAACUGCAAUGAAAGGCGAAUGGAAAUAUACAGCAACUUCAAACAAAACGACGGUAGUCUCUGUUAACGUACUCUCGAAGCCAGUUGGCGAAGAGGAGGAUGCUGAGCCAAUAAGUAUCAAGUCUUGGUUCGGAGGCGACAACAAUACCCUUGCAUCUGGUUUAGACGCACAGACGUCUGUCUUUGCACAGGUGUCCAGGGGUUAUACCCCUGUCAUUGGCUUAAAGGUUACUGCAGCUAUUUCAGGCCGUAGUUUUGACGGACUGUUGCAAACUCUUCAUGUGGAUCUCCAAGACAAGGGCUUUGGCAUUGACCUUGAAGCAAACGAUGGCAUCUAUUCACUUGAGUUCGGGAGGUCCCUGCUUAACGCGAGGGGUCGCUACAGUGUCACCAUACUUGUUGAUAAUCCCGAGAACACGGGCGAGAUUGCCGAGUACAGCAAGGCGUCUAGUGCUCCAAUCAUCGGAACAGGCCCAACUGAACCUGUGACCACGUACCAAACGGUUGGGCCAAUACAGCGCGUUGCGAGCGUUGGUGAACUGAGAGUCGAAGAACCAUCUUCCCCCACUCCAACGGAUGUCCUACCCCCACCACGGAUAAGAAACCUGCAACUUGUCCUCCUUGAUACCAAAAAGGUCAAGGUGACCCUGAACUGGACUGCUGUUGGUGACGACGUCAGCCAAAGUAGCAACAUGACCUAUGACCUCCGCAUUGGAACCUUCGAAGAGAUCAGUGAACGAUUUGAGAACAGUUCUCGGAUCUAUUUAGAAGGAACCCCGAAAAAUGCUGGUAACGAAGAGAAGCAUAAGAUAGACAUGACUGACUACAGCAAGACCGCAACAUACUUCUUAGCUAUCCGUGCAAUCGAUGAAGUGGGAAACGAGGGCGAUCCAUCAAACAUCAUCAGCCUUUCCAUGACUCUUCCAACCAAGUUUUCAAAUGGGGAUGUGAUUGCAAUUGCAAACGAACCUUCGCCUUCGACACUGCUCAUCAUACUCAUUUGUGUGGGUAUUGGCGCUGUCAUUUGUAUUGCAGUGGUCGUUGGGGUUGUCUGUUACUGCAGGAAGAAGAAGACACCUCCAACAGACCAGUCGGAAGGUGUCAUCAACCUUGGGCUGGAAGAAUCAAACUCAAACCCACCGCAAAUUGUGUGUGAUGUUUACCAUGUGGGACAGCAGGUGCCAAGACCGAGCUCACCGCAGGCUUUCUAUGGAGGACAGGGGGCAGCAGCUUCUAAUUACGAUAAUGUCGGGCUGGAAGGACUCGAACCACCACCACUGUAUAAUUCCUAUGACAACAUGGGUAUCAAUGUUCAAGAGUUAAGAAGGAAAUAUGAAGGGCUAUAGACCAGAUACAGCGUCGCAAAGCCUCCGAAACGCCAACGCGAACGCCUAUCGCAUUGUCAGGCAUCUCGAUCACGAAUAAUGUCUACCAACUUGUGAUUGUAAAAUGUGCCUCGACACAGAAACCUUAUUUUCUAUCAUCCCCGAAAAACCAAAUGUUUAUGAUAAAAGAUUAGAAGAGAUCAGAGGAAGUCAAAGUUGAAGGCCGUUGGGGACAAAUUGAGCAAGGCAUCAGCUAACUCUAGUUUUAAGUAUGAUAAGGACAAACUGUCGAAUCUUGUAUCACGCGUUUCUAUUCAAAAAGGAGGAGAAAUAUACUAUAUUUUGUAAUUGUUUAUUUGUUUAUGCUUUCUCUGAGAUAUCCUAUGCACGCACAACGAAAUACUCUAGAUUCGGAUUUCUAACAUCUCUCGGUGCGAACCUAUGCGACCGACACAUAUUAGGCUUAGGCCAAGCCCACCAGAUAGAUAUCACAAAGGAUUUAUCCAUUGUAUUCAACAUCAACAGACAGCUGAGAGUUAUGCUGGCAUUGUGUUAAUUCCAAUCACUAUUCAUUGGACGAUAACGAUGUAGGUAAGUUCAUGAUUGACAGAUUGGGUCAAUGGUGGUCUGGGUUUUUUUCGCCUUCGAAGUACGUCCCCUUUCUUUCUGUGCGUCCGUCACACUGAACUGCCCCGACCAUGCAUACUUAUCAUGUAGGCCGUCCCAACCAGUGUUGUUAGAACUCCGAAGCUAGCGUAUAUCGCUAAUGUAUCUGUCACCAAAGAUAGACCACUUUACUUAAUGCUUUCUUCACCACUUUCAUCAGCAACAUAUCCUUCCGGCUCCGACACGUCCACCAUAGGCGUGAUUCAUAUUGCAUGCUGUCGCAUAUCAAGAAAGUAAGUACCCAGAACAGUAAAGUGCGUUUUUAUUAAGUUUAAACAGUCAAAGAUGAGGCGAUUCUAAAGCAAAUUGAUUUUGAAUUGGUGGACAUUUGAAACCUAACCUAAUGUUCGCUCUUUACUCCAAGAGAUCAGCAAGGUUUGGAAGAAAUUAAUUUGUGUAUCUUCAAUUAAUUGAAAUAAAACUAAAAGUAUGAUUAUCAGAUCUAAAAUAUUUUUCAACUUGCCUAAUAAAGUAUUUUAAUUGCCUGUACGUAAGUAAGCAAUAUUUUGCGAGGAGUAUCGGGAUACUUUAAUUCAGCAAUAAAACUGUCAAGAGAAACUGAUACAAUUUUCAAUUACUGUAUGCUGGGAUAAUACCGCCAUUUCAUUGCAUCUAUCAAAUAAAAUUGCCAGUUUUUAGGCUUGUCUAUUCGAAGGAAUGGAUGGCUGUGUUAAUUGGAAAACAUGAACAAAUUCACUCAACUAGAUGAUCAAUUUAUUCUAGGCACGAUGCUAAAAUGGCACAUGUAAACACAUGUAACAAAACGCCUUUUGCGCGGAUAACACCGGUUUUUCUGUGGUUGAGAUAGGAGUUAAGAACAGAGGGCGUCAGUAAUUCUGUAGUUCAUUAUCCGUAACUUCAGACUCUGGAUGCCCUAAAAAUAAGUUGCCAUUUGAAAUACAUAGUAAAUAGAAUGCUACAGGUAUGACGCGAACAUUUAGAUGUUCUUGGAGUUUUACUGACCCUUAGUUUCUUAAUAUCGAAUUGAACAUCAUAACUUUCUAACCCGUCAGAUAAUGAGCAAUCUACAAUUUUGUUCUGGUUUUAUUAAAUUAACCAAUAUCUAUAUAUUCCAACCAAUUGUAUUUUAGUGUCAAACUAGAAUUGCCAGUGACCAUGAUCGAGUAACAAAAACAUGAAAUAAAUUGAAACGGUAUCAUCUGAUUUGCUGGCAUCAUGUCCUUUUCCAUGAAUAAUCGCAUUCUCUGAAGGGAAACACUUCAAUUUCUCCGAGACGAAUUUUGAUAACGGAGUUUCGCAAAAAGUGUCGGAGAAUGUUUGAGGCAAACGGCGAAAGGAACAUUGUGAUCGAUAUGAUUACUUUUCUCAAACAAGUUGAUACCUUUGAUAGCUUUCUCUUGAUAUCAUAGAUCGCCAAAAACUUGACAGAUACACUGUAAUGUACAUAUCAUGUAAACUUCUGUGACUAAUAAAAGGAAUGCAUAGUCCUCUAGUACACUCUAUCUCUUGUAGUGUUAGACAGUAGCCGGGGAUUAAUCCAUAGAGAUCGGUGUCAUGGGACUGAUAGAUUCAAGGUCAUAUUCAAUAUAUAGAGGAUAAGUGAGUUUAUUUCUGAUGAAGCCUUGUGAAAAAUUUUCAAGAUACGUUCGAUAUAAUCUGCUCGAGAACACAAUCACUGGAUAAUAUUUUAUUAAUUGACGUCAUCGAUCCAAGUCAUCAGAAAUACUCAUUUAUUUUUCUCUCCUCAGCAUUUACCGGAGGCUCGAGGAUCGAGCGCAGACCAAACAUCAGUUUCUUAUCUGUUGUAAGCGGAACACUCACGCACGGCAACGCUCACAUAUACUACACCUUCUUACUCAAAUGCCUUUAUAUUUCAUCCUCCUCCUACUAUUGUAAAUUCAUCUCAAUAAAAUUAUAAAGCAUA